GGCAGCUCAAUCGAUUCGUCGCCUAAGAUCGGUAAUAGGCUAGUGAUGUCUAACCGGAGCCAAAAUGGCAGCGUUGUUUUUAUUUCCAAACAUCAUCUGUACUCAAACGACUUAUUCAACCAGGCAUCUAAUCAUUUUUGUGACAUAAUAUUUUCGUUAUUUUAAUAUGCACGUUCGUUUUGAGGAGGUUUGUUGUAUGUGGUCGUUGAUCAGGAGCGCAGCGGGUCCGUGAAUGACACAAGACCCGGCCCGUUCAGUCUUGUGUUUUCCGCCUCUUUCAGCAUUGUGGACAAUGAGAGCUCUCCUACAAUAGUUGUUGCAAAUGAAAAUGGAGGAUAUGUCUCUGUCAGGCCUGGAUAACACCAAGCUAGAGGCCUUGGCUCACGAUGUCUACUCUGACCUAGUGGAAGAUGCCUGUUUAGGGCUGUGCUUUGAGGUGCACAGGGCGGUCAAACAGGGCUAUUUCUUCCUGGAUGAAACGGACCAAGAAAGUAUGAAGGAUUUCGAAAUAGUGGACCAGCCUGGUGUGGACAUCUUUGGGCAGGUGUACAACCAGUGGAAGAAUAAGGAGUGUGUGUGUCCCAACUGCAGUAGGAGUAUUGCGGCCUCUCGAUUUGCUCCUCAUCUGGAGAAGUGUCUCGGCAUGGGCCGCAACAGCAGCCGAAUAGCCAACCGCAGAAUAGCCAGCAGCAACAACACAAGCAAGUCAGAAAGCGAUCAGGAAGACAAUGAUGAUAUCAAUGACAAUGACUGGUCCUAUGGUUCAGAAAAGAAAGCCAAGAAGAGAAAGUCAGAAAAGAAUCCAAACUCUCCCAGGAGAUCCAAAUCCCUGAAGCACAAGAAUGGAGAGCUCAGCAGUAAUGUCAAUCCAGACCUAUACAAGUAUAACUACAGCUCUGGCAUCAGUUAUGAGACUUUAGGACCCGAGGAUCUGCGUUCCAUACUUACUACGCAAUGUGGGGUCGUAUCAGAGCACACAAAGAAGAUGUGUACUCGGUCCCAGCGGUGUCCCCAGCACACGGACGAACAGAGGAGGGCAGUCAGGGUCUUCCUCCUUGGGCCGUCCGCGUCGAUGCUACCUGACUCUGAAACAAUGUUGGAAAAUGACGGCUAUGAUGCUCCUGAUGGCCAGCUAAUCAUGUCUCGCCUCCAGUGGGACGGCUCCUCUGAUAUCUCACCAUCAGACUCUGCAUCUUCAAAAGCCAGCACCAAUAACUCUGAAUCUAAGAGACCCAAGAAAAAGAAAAUCAGUACACUGACUCUGACUACCACUGGAGGUGGAGGAGAGCGGGACAAAGGGCAGGAACGAGAGAGAGUAGUAGGCAGUGGAAGUGGGAGCAGCAGCUCCCAGAACGCACUGGGCCUGUCCAGUCGGAAAAAGCGACCAAAACUGCCAGUUCCCCCAGGUCCUAGCAUCUACGAUGACCUGAACUGAGGAACAUGCAACAUAU